GACGUAAAGAAGGUAUGUAGUGGAAAGUGGCACCGUAAGUACGUACCGCGGGUUCCUCGAAGUGUGUUGCAAGGCCUCCUUACGUUCGUGACACUUCCGCCAUUUUACUAUGUAAGAAAACAACACUUCGGUAAAGUCAACCCAGAAAAUGGGUUCUAAAAUAGAGUACGUCGAUUCGUCCCAGAUAUUCGCAACCAGAUACGUCAGAAAUUCCAAGGCUAUAGGGGUGCUGUGGGCGAUAUUCACCAUCUGCUAUGCAAUCAUAGGGGUUGUGGCUUUCAUUACACCCGAGUGGAUCGGUGUGGCCGAAGGAGAAAAUCCCGGAAAACUUGGGCUGUGGUCAGUGUGCUACGCAAGAGAAAAUGGGGAGCAGUGUAAUGGAAACAUAUUGGAAAAUUUCAUGAACAUUCCCUAUGCUUUUGAGGCGGCCACUGUCUGUGUGGGCAUUGGAGUUUUCACGGCCUUGCUGACUAUUUGUGUUAUGAUUUUGUUUUUCUUUUGUCAUUCCACAACUGUAUUUCAUAUCUCGGCGUGGCUACAGUUAACUUCAGCCAUCUGCAUGAUCGCCGGAUGUGCAACUUUUCCUGCUGGAUGGACAUCCGACCAUGUCAACCAGAUAUGCGGAUCAGACGUCGGAAAUUUCGUUCUCGGAGACUGUGGAAUCCGCUGGGCAUACUUGCUUGCAGCAAUUGGCUGCUUGGACGCAGUUAUUUUAUCCAUUCUAGCCUUUAUCUUGGCGACAAGACACAUUUCACUGCAACCCGAUCCCCAUUACUCGACAUCUCCAAGUUUAUUCAAAGGUGAAAUGAACAGCGCUUUCAUGGGGGAUACCGCAAGCGUGGCAGGAUCAAGGAAAUCUAUGAAUAUGCAUCCUGUGUUAUUAGUUCAUCCUGGUCAAGAUGACACAUACUCGCAAUUUUCUCAAAGAACUGUACCCAGAUCUAUCGUGUCCGGCCAUUAUUCGCAUCCUCAUUCACUUCAUCGAAAUUUUCAGUUGUAAAUAUGUGAGAAAAUAUGAUGAGGUGAUUGUUUCGUUCACAAUAUAUCAUGGGAUUUUUGGAAAGUAAAAAUUGGUUGAUUUGGAAGUUUGACAAGUUAUUUAUAGUUUUCCUGUAAUUCUACACUCAACUCAAUAAAGUACAAUUUUCCUCAAA